GGUUUGGCUUACCAUAAACAAACAUCAUUGGACCUAGCACAUCCUAUAGCCCUAUAGCCUCAAAUCCAGACCGAUUAAAAUACUUGUUUUAAUCGGCCUGGAUUCGAGGCUAAGCGCAUCCCUGCAUGUAUAAAACAGAUAGAUAUAGCUAAAGACAGUGCCUUGUCUCAAUAUAGUUGCAACUAACUGAUAAUGGAAAAACAGAGCAUUAUUUUUGGUUUGUUUUUGCUUUCAUUCUUUGUAGUUGUCAUUGAUUCCAAGUUGGUAAGAACCAAAACUGAAUUGGAAAAUCAACGUUCGAUAGAUGUGCAGCUGAAUGACGAAAUUCGCAAGAGAAAUUCAAGACAAGCUGCAACAAGUAUAUUUCAUGAAGCGUUGUCUGAAUGGCUUAGUGCAUCUGAAAAUGAUGAAGAAAGCAUGAGAUCUGCUUCGAAAUCAAUGGAAAAUGCUGUCAUGCAAGUUGUCAUUGACAAAAUAAAAACUGGUUUCAGCUGCAGCUAUUCAGAUGGACUUUUCACUCAAUGUGGAACUCUUAGUGGACCCGCUGGACCAAAGGGAAAUCGAGGGAAAAAAGGGAAAAAAGGAUCACCAGGACUCGGUGUACCUGGAACAGAUGGAAAUCCUGGAGUGGACGGACACACUGGUGCUAAAGGUGAACCUGGAGCCACUGGUUCUCAAGGAGACUCUGGACACAAAGGGGAGAAAGGCUGUGCUGGUGAAGCAGGCUUGAAUGGAACAGUUGGUUACCUAGGUCAAAGAGGAGUGAAAGGAGACCCUGGCAUACAAGGACCAAAAGGACAGAGAGGACCACCAGGACAGACCGGACUCAAGGGCCAGAGAGGACUGCAAGGACAGAAAGGACCACCAGGACAGAAAGGUGCAAUCGGGAUCCAGGGACCAAUAGGACGGAAGGGAGAGAAAGGACAAAAAGGACCAAAAGGACAGAACGGGUUCCAGGGACCAAUAGGACAGAAAGGACAGAAAGGACAGUAUGGAAUACGAGGACAGUAUGGAAUACGAGGACAGAAAGGUGCAACCGGGAUCCAGGGACCGAGAGGUUACAGCGGAGGAUCUGGACAAAAAGGAGAGAAAGGACAAAAAGGUACAAGUUCCGGAAACCCUAGCCCAUCACCGGACGGAUGCAACCCGGCGAGCGACCCACCCCCUACACGUGAUAGAAAUGGACGUCCCUGUGCUUUGAAAUAAUGACAGGGUCUGAGUCAACUUGUGAGAUGAACCAUGUAUAUAUUUAUCUCCACGUAUAAUUAUAUAUAAAGUAUUGACCCCAUAUAUUAUAUACUGUGAUCAUAAUAAUUAUUUUGUACGUUUUACAAUUUACCUUUUGUUAUCUAGUGCACCCCCUACUUUUAUUGUGCGUAUGACUGAAUAUGAUAUCGCACCACUCUACUGACAUCAUACCCUUUUUAAAUUCAACAUCAUGCAGUAAUUCA